UGUUUCAAUUGCCCAUUAAUAAAAUAUCAUCACUUCCCGAAAGUUACCGGGUCGUUUUUCCAAUAUGUUUUAGAGAUUUUUAUCACAAUCCUUCAUCUUUUCCCCCGCGCUCUCUACAUCAUGGAGGGCAAUGAGACAGCUAAGGGAUGGCCGCUUGGUCUUGGAAACAUGACCGCCAGAAUUAGAGUGGCAGCGCCACCACAACCUCCUCUCGCCUCUCGCAUCUUCCCUUCCACCAUCAGUUUCACCUCAUUCUCUUCCUCCAAUCUGGAUACUGAGUCCACAGCAUCUUUCUUCCCAGACCCAAGUGUGCCGUUAGGCCGGCUAAUUGGGAUUAGGGCGUCUGGUAAGGUCGACCCGCCUGAACAGCCCCGGGAAACAACUAGCGGCAGGUGCCGUGCAGGAUUACGCAAAGGCCAUGAGAAUUCGCAAGGACACUGUGCUCCCUUGCUGCAUCAUGUGAUUAGGAAGAUAGGCCGGAGUGGAACCACCUCUAAUGACUGCGAUGACUAACUUCACUUGUGUAGUAAAUUUUAGGAAUUUUCCAUUUAACGCUAUCCCCUUUCUUCAUGUUAUCAAAAUUUCAUUUCGUCUCACUCUCUACUCUUUUGGUGCU